AUGAAAGCGAUAGGGUUCAGUCCACCACCUACCAAAUGGAAGGGUUCAUGCCAAGCUUCUAAUUUUACAUGCAACAAUAAGUUAAUUGGAGCAAAGUUUUAUCCACCACUCCAUAAUGAACUAACCUCAAAAGAUAUCGAAGCUUCUAGAGAUUCAAGAGGUCAUGGUACGCAUACAACAUCAACGGUGGCUGGAAAUUCGAUUAGUAUGGCAAGCAUGUUAGGCCUUGCACAAGGAACCGCUCGAGGAGGAGUUCCAUCAGCACGCGUUGCUGUAUAUAAAGUGUGUUGGUUUGAAGGAUGCAAUGAAGCAGGUAUUCUUGCUGCAUUUGACGAUGCAAUUAAAGAUGGAGUUGAUAUAAUAUCGGUGUCAAUUGGUGGAAAAGAUUCAACAAAGAUAAUAUGUUUUAAAGAUGCAUUGUGA